GGAGGAGGAGGGGGAGGAGGGGGAGGGAUGCAUGGGGAUGCGAUGAUGAUGGAUGCACCUCAGGCAGCCAUGUCCCCGGUCGCACCAAUGAGUCUCGCCAUUCCUCCUCCGCCCGGCACCACAAGGUACUUCAUCGUGAAGAGCAACAACCUGGAGAACCUAGAGCUGUCGGCGCAGAGGGGCAUGUGGGCGACGCACCGCAACAACGAGGGCAAGCUGAACGAGGCGUACGAGUCGUGCGACAGCGUCAUCCUCAUCUUCUCCGUGAAUGAGACCAGGCAUUUUCAGGGCUGUGCGCUCAUGAUGUCGCGCAUAGGAGCGGUGGUGGGGGGAGGGCCGUGGAAGUACGCCCAGAGAAUGGGCAGCUACGGGCAGAACUUCCGGAUCAGAUGGCUGAAGCUGUGCGAGUUGUCGUUCAACAAGACGCGCCACCUGCGUAACCAGUACAAUGACAACCAGCCGUCAAGAUCAGCCGCGACUGCCAGGAGGUGGAGCCUUGUGUGGGCGAGCAGCUCACUGCACUUCUGUAUCGCGAGCCAGACGCUCCCCUGCUGGCAACCGCACGGGAGGCAGAGAAGAAGAGAAUGAUGGAGCAGCAAGCACAGGCGCAGGGGAGA